CCAUUAUUUGUCCUUGAAAUUGCCAAAAAAUGCAAUAAACCAGUGAAAAUCGCAGCUUAUAAGACGCUUCACGCAGCAAUAUUUACGAAAAUUGUGAAAAAAUGACUGAAACGAGAGUUGUGACGCCUAAAAAUCAUUUUUUAUUUUCAAGAAUUUUGUUAGUUUUGUAAAAAAAAAAUAUUCUAAGCGAUGUCGUAUAUAAAUGUGGCAGAAUGGAGCGUCGAGAACGUCGUCGACUGGUUAAAAGGUCUCGACAGUUCAAUGUAUCGCUAUUUGACGUCCUUCACAAAUAAUCAAAUAAAUGGCACGCAAUUGCUCAAUAUACGUCCGUACGAGCUCGAGGAACUCGGGAUUAAAAGUAUUGGGCAUCAGGAGAUUAUCCUUGAAGCAUUGGAAGUGCUCAAAAAUUUCCAUUACAACUUGGACAAGGAAAAUCUCCAAUUUUUGGCGCUGCAUGUCGCAACAAGUGCUCAUUCGCUCUACAAACAACUUUCGGUGAAUCCGUCGCAGGGACAAAUCGAUUCAAGCACCUUGAAAGAUGUCACCCGCAUGAUUUCCAACGUAAAAAAGUUGAUUUUUUGGCUGGAUCGGAAGCCGUUCCACGGGAAAAGGAAUUAUCACGAAAUUCGAACAAACAUGCUGAAACUUAGUCUCGAAAUGGCAACUUGUGCGCAACGGGGACGCUUCGUGGUUGAUCCUGCGAAGCAAAUUAGUCAAGCGGCAGUGAGACUUGCUAAAAUUGCCGAUUAUGUGAUUCAGGAUAUUUCGGAUCCGAUGCUGAUUCAACCUGCGUCGCUCGAAUUGGUGACUUUAAAGAAGCGCGAAAGUGACUUGGGAUUCUAUAUUUUGCCUGUGAUGAACGGAAUUCAUCAAAUUGGAGAUAUCAAGUACAAUUCGCCGACGCACAACUCGAAACAAGUCGAAGAGGGAGACGAAAUCGUGCAAAUUAACUAUCAAACUGUCGUUGGAUGGCAAUAUGAGAAAGUUAUGCUGAUGCUGAGGGAUUGCGCGCCCGAUGUUUUGCUCACGAUCAAGAAAAGACCGCGCGAUUCGAAGACUUUUGGGCAAAUCUACAUGAAACCUUACAUGAAAUUGCCUUCAAAAAAGCGUUCUUUCACAUCACGUUGGAACGACAACCUUCCGUCGCCUCAAUGGACCGACUCCCAAAACUAUUUCGCGAGUUUAAAACCUCUCAUCGAAAAAUCCACGCACAAUUUGAGCGAUUCGGACUCCAGUAGCAGCGAUAUUUCGACCCAAGUUGACAUCAAAGAGGCACAAAAGGAACAAUUUUUCAUCCCAAAGUCGCGCGGCGUCUUGCAACGACGUCAUUCCAUCUGCGGCGACGGAUAUUCCAUGAUAAAAGCGCUCGAUUUGAUGGCAGCGAACAAAUUCCGGGAUCAGCGGUUGGAUGAUUCGCCGAGUUUGCGUGACAAAAGUAUCUCCUUCGGGUUUGGGCUGGAAAUGAGACCGACAACGCAUACGGGGAUCGGAAAUGUGCAAGCGAACAAGGAGAAUUUGCAGGAAAAUGUAGCGCCGCAAGUUAAAGUUAAGCCAGAAAUUAAACCGAAGCCAGUUGAGAGAAAAUUGCCGCCGCCUCCGGUGCCAGCGAGAAAUGAUCUAAUUGCGAAAGAGCAGCAGCAGCAACAGAAUAGCGUUAAAAAUGCGAAAGAGGAGAAAGUUGGAGAAUUACAGGGAAUUAGUAAGGUUGUGAGAUUCGAUUCUAAUGUCAAGCUUGAGGCAGGGCAUGUUGAUACACAGUAUACGUGCAAUGUGGAAAACACCGUUUUAGAAACUCUUGUGCCAAUUCCUUACGUCGAUGAUGAGAUCACUGCAUCGUCUGCCAUAGAUUCUGAAAAGUUAAAAACAGUUCCUGACAAAGACGUGCCACCCGCUAUCGAGCCUCGUCAAAGCAAGAAAAAGCCCGUGCCUCCGCCGAGGCCCAGCAAAACGCCGAACAUUGUGCCAAAUCCCGCCAUAAUUAGCAAUAGCAGUAACGUUAAGAACGAGAAUGUCGUGCCAUCUGUGGGUUUCAUCGAGCCGGAAAAGUGCGAGAAAAUGGUAAACAACAACGGAAACGUCGUCGAUAGCGAAAAUAAGUCAAAAUUGGCAAACGUAAUCGCGUUAAAAAGAAAUGUCCCGGAAGUUGUAACGAGUACUCCGACAAAAGAUCCGAACAAUGAUUCGCCAUUGGAGUUGCACACGUCAGUUGUGAGCGGAAAAGCCUUGACUCUAAAGAAAAAAAAUAGUUUAAUGUCGAAACGGCGCAAAGUUUCGCUGAAAUCUUUCACGAGCAGCGACAUUCAAGGUCAUUUGUAUCGUCGCGCGAAAAAUCGACACGGGAUGAGUUAUUGGGCAAAGUUGUACAUUGUCUUAAUUGACACAACUUUGUACGGAUUUAAGACAAAGGAGGCCAGCAAAGCGGAUUGUUUGAUAUUUUUGCCGGGAUUUACGGUCACUCGAGCUCAUGAAGUGCAUUCGAAGGAGUUUGCGUUCAAAGUUUAUCAUCCGAGCAAGACUUUUUACUUUGCUGCCGAGACGGAAGAGGCACAGCGACAAUGGAUCGACUACAUUCAUCAAGCAACAUUGAAGGGAACAGUCACACAAAAAGCUGGAGGACCCGUAAAAGACACGAAAGAGCUUUUUUCCGAGACAGACAGCUCCGACGACGAGUCAGGAGGCAUUUUUAACUUUUCUCAAACGGCAACGCCGUCUCCUUUAAUGACUUACGGAACGUCUAACAGCAACAACAACAAAAAUUCGGGCGAACCAAGUACUCCAACAACCACAAAAUCCGAGGGAAAGUAUCAUUUGGGCUUCGGAUCGUUGAAAAAAUCCUUGCGAAAUUUAAAUUCAUCCGAGGGAUCGCCUUCCGACAACAAAUUUUUGAGUCUUUUCUCGUCGUCACGUCAUAGCGAACGCAAAAACUCGUUAGAUAUGCCCGUUCCGACGUCACAAUUCAAAAGUUAUCGCAAAAUGCCGGUGAAUGUGAACAUCCAAGCAGGCACAGUAACCGUUGCUCCGAAUCGCAUUGCCGAUUUUCCGCCUGUUCCGAGCCCCAAACCUGCGUUUGAGUCGCCAAAACGCCCGCAACAGGAAACAUUCAUCUUCAAACCCGACCUCGAUGCGGAUCCAGAGGAGGAAGAACCGAUUUUUGAGAAGAUUGAAUUCGCUCCGACAGCGGAACAGCAGAAAAAAUUGGUUCAAAAGCCCGGGGGAUACAAUCACAUGCAUGCUUCAAACCCGAAUUUGAUGGAAUUUUCAGUUGCGGGCUAUGACGGAGCUCCGAAGGACAUUGAAUUGACAUGUCCGAAGACCACGAGCAUGAAUCGCGAUUGGGAUGCGUCGAAUAACACGAACGGAUUUAUGACUUUGAAGGACUUGAUGUUACUCGAACAAGCGGAAAACGCAAAAGAUCCGUACAAUAAGCGAGUUUGUUUGGGAAUUGAGAAGCAUGAUGACAAAAAUAACGCAAAAACAGCGCCUGCGGUGAAAAAUGAGGAAAAUCCCGCAAUAAUUAAGAUUCAGAAAAGAAGUCUUCCCGUGACGCCGGAUUACGCGCAAAGUUUCAAACCCGACGAUCAAGAUAUUUUGUACACCCGAAGUCGUGAGGGACUCAAAUUACGCGAUUUUGGAUACGAACUCAUCACGGGCGAUGAUCGGGUCGAGCUCAAAAAUAACUUACAGGCAGCGCAACAGCAGCAGCAAGCGACGCACGAUGACGCGAAUGCUCGUAAAAAGGCAAGCAAACAAAAUUCGAAUGGCAGCGAGACGUCGUCGUCAUCUUCCGUGAUGCAAUCCGUGAAAAAACGUUCGAUGAAUUGGAUGAGCAGCAGCUCGAGCAGCAACAAUGCCAACAGCGACAAAGAUAAAACCUCCAUCGGCGGCAGUUUCAACAAGAAACAAAAAAAUAAAUCUGUUGUGAUUGAAAAAUUCGACCAUUUAAUGGCAUCCAGUGAAAAAUUGUUCCAUUUUAAGCAUGUGAACACGGCAAACGAAACGGAAAAUCUCAAGAGUAAACAUACGAAUGUCAAACCGAACGUGAUGAUGACCAAUUGGAAUUUGGCGGAGAAUCAUAUGACGACAAAUCAUGGCAAUACGGGAGGCGCAGUGCCCCAAACAUCCGAUCGAGGUGCUUCGUAUUUGACGAAAUUGUCGUUUUCGAAUAAGACGAGUAAGGAAAAGAAGAUUUUGGGGUCCCCGAGAUUGCAUCGAGCGUUAUUUGGGCAUAGAAAUAAUGGAGAAAGAGAUGAACCGAAGGCUGUUGAUCAUGAAAUUUUUUCGCCGUUGAAUUUUAAUAACAAGAACACAAACGAGACCGCCAACAAGCAAAAUCCAACGGGCCAAAUAAACCAAGCGAUGGAAAUGGAUGUUUCGCCGUCGUCACUUGCACCUCCCAUCACAUUGCCGGGACACGAUAAUCUCAACAAUAACGCAAAUGCUCAAACUAUGAACAAUAACAACAAUCACGGUAGCAAUAACACGAACGGAAAUGUGCUAGAAGACGCCACAAACGGCAAUAAUAUCGAAUAUCCGCCAAUAUUUGAGGCGGAAAUUUACUCACUUUCGUCAAAUUUACUAAAAAGACGCCAUCAAAACGUCAAUAAAUAAGUAAAUGUCCUCCGUUUCAAGCUUUCUCGUUACAAAAAUGUUUAUCAAUCAUUGUUAAAAAUGUUUAAAGAGGUGCUAAAAAUUAUUUUUAUUGAGAAAUUUAAGACAUUUACGAGUGAUUUCGUUAUUUUAGAACAACAAUAUUAUUAUUAUAGGAACAAAUUAGUAUUAUGACUUUAUAUUAUUAGAACAAAAAAACAUAUUUUUAGACAAAUGAUGAAUUUAAACACAAAAAACUUAGUUAUUAGCGACAAAAAUCAAAAACUCAGUAUAUCGUAUUAGGGAAUUUAGAGUCCAUGGACUUGCAAUUUGAACUUAUGAUCAUUAAAAAAAGAGAAGAUUUAUAUUAUACAACAAAAAAUGUUAGAUAUUAAUUUUUUUUCUUGAAAUA